CAGACUUCAGAAGAUCGAUGGGGAUGCUUGAGGAAAUGAUGGAGACAGACGGGGAACGGAGAAGAUUCGAGGAGGGGUUAUUCUCUCCUUUAUCCAAUAUAAAUACCCAAGCAGGGGAUGACCACAACAUACCACAAACCAGUAUUCAGCAGCUGUAUUUUUAAGUUCAAAAGUUCAAAAUCAGUGCAAUGGCAACCGCUUCAUCAGCACAAGGGAUGUGGUCCUUGCUCAAGGAUAUCGAUCACACAAAGACGACCUGGGCAAUCAAGGUUCGGGUAGUUAGGGCAUACGAAGUUCCUCCACACUCUAAGGGCGGGGAGACUCUUGAAAUGGUUUUGCAUGACGCAGAGGGAGAUCGGAUUCACGCCAUUAUCAAGAGGCCGCAGAUAGCAAUGUAUAAGCCUAAUAUUACAGAGAACAAAAUUUAUGCCAUAAGAAACUUUUUGGUGCUUGACAAUUACCAAACAGUGAAGACUACCAGUCAUCCCUACAUAAUUCAGUUCAUCUCAAAAACCCUGUUGAGGGAAGAUACGAAGACGGAAAUGCCUAUGAUGGUCUAUGAUUUUCAGCCUUUUGAUAUGCUGCAUGCCCAAAGAGUUAUCAACGACAAAACUCUAAUUGAUGUCAUUAGGAAGGUUCUUUCCAAGAGCCUUAUCCAGACCCACAUAAUCAAUGGGAGGACUGAUAGGCUAAUGGAGUUGACUUUGACAGACCCGGA